AAACGAAACCAAGCAGCAACCGAAAGGCGCGCGCACGCACGGCUCGCGCUCCAACGCCCGCCCCGGACCAGAUCCCUCCCAUUUCAGGAAAACCAAAGAUUCCGCCGCCCAACCCUGAGCCGCUCCGCUGAUUCGAGGAUGGCGCCAAAGGAGAGCCAGCAGAGCCCAGCCGAGGCGGCGGCGCCGGGACCGGGACCCGCGCCGGCUGCCCGGAGCAUCCCGGAGGAGGCGCGGCGGCUGCUGCGCGAGCUGGCGGCGGCGUGGGAAGACGUCGCCGGCUGCGGGCUGGAGCCGGAGGUGGUGCCGCUCAAGGGCGCCAUGACCAACGAGGUGUACCAGGCGCGGUGGCCCGCCGGCGGCGGGGGCGGGGAGAGGGAGGAGCGGAAGGUGCUGGUGCGGGUGUACGGGGAGGGCGUGGAGCACUUCUUCGACAGGGAGGACGAGGUGCGCACGUUCGAGUGCAUGUCGCGGCACGGGCACGGGCCGCGCCUCCUCGGCCGCUUCAGCAACGGCCGCGUCGAGGAGUUCAUCCACGCCAGGACACUUUCAGCUGCUGACCUACGUGAUCCGGAGAUUUCAGCUAUCAUAGCCUCCAAAUUGAGGGAAUUUCACAACCUUGACAUGCCUGGUCCAAAAUCUGUGCUCAUUUGGGAAAGAUUAAGGAACUGGCUCAAAACUGCCAAGAGCUUGUGCUCCCCUGAUGAAGCCAAAGAGUUCUGCUUGGAUAGCAUGGAUGAGGAGAUCGCUGCAUUGGAGAAUGAAUUUUCAGGGGAAGGUGAGUGCAUAGGAUUUUGCCACAACGAUCUCCAGUAUGGAAAUAUCAUGAUUGAUGAAGAGACCAAAUUGCUGACCAUCAUUGACUAUGAGUAUGCAAGUUUUAACCCAGUUGCCUAUGACAUCACAAACCAUUUUUGUGAGAUGGCCGCAGACUACCAUUCAGAAAAGCCGCAUAUAUUGGACUACACUAAAUAUCCAGAUACCAAUGAGCAGAAGCAAUUUGUGCAGACAUACCUGAGCUCAUCGGGUGAUAAAUCUGACGCAGAGGAGGUGGAAAAUCUGAUCAAAAGCAUUGAGAAGUACACCCUUGCCAGCCAUCUAGUUUGGGGCCUCUGGGGAAUAAUUUCGGACCAUGUCAACGAUAUCGAUUUCGACUACAAGGAAUACGCGAGGCAAAGGUUUGAGCAGUACUGGCUGAAGAAGCCAACGAUCCUAACUUCUCAGGCUGCUGAAUAGAUCCCGGGCAUCAGGUUUUGCACCGAUGGGCUCUGCUGCACAUAGCUUGUCCAGUGUUGUCAACGCAUUUAGACUUGAGGUUGUCCCUGGGACACAGGGUUGUGAAGAAAGGCUGAACCCAGAGGCCAGAUCAGGCAUUCAGGGCUUUUCUUCGUUUGGUAGUUCGGUUGUUCAUAGUGUAAUGUGACAUGUGUCAGCCUUGAUUGCUCUUUGUAUGAUACUAAGAUGGUAUGAUCACUUUAUGUAUGUGCUCGAUUGGUUAGUGGCUAGCUUAGUGCUGCAUUUAUGUCUUCAGUGUAUGGAAAAUAUGUGCAUGGGUUCUCAGAUAAAGAGUUUCUGAUGCAGUUUCUGCA